UGUGUUGAUGAACGGUGUUUUUGUUAUUGUACGCGAUAGGGUUGCGAGAGACAUUUAAUCUUCGUUUGAUAGCGCAACGAAAAUGUGGAACCGUGGCCGAAUUGUCAACCUAAUGCGAACUGUGUCAAAUGGCAGUUGUAGCUGUCCCGCACAUUCGCGACCUGUCGCCAUCAACCAGCAGGCAGCAUCUGCCAAGAAUGAUACCGCGUUUGAAAUGUCCUCGUCCACAAUACGCUAUGGACCAGGGGUAACCCGCGAGCUAGGGCAUGAUUUGCAAAAUCUUAACGCGAAACAUGUUUGCGUAGUAAGCGACCCGAAUGUGCUACAGUUGGCUUCCGUAAAGGUGGGACUAGAUUCGUUGACCCGUGCCGGCAUUGAGACGGUGCUGUUCGACCAGGUACGGGUGGAACCGACCAACGAAAGCCUCCAGACAGUGAUCGAUUUCGCACGAUCGCAUCAAUUCGAUGCGUACGUUGCGAUCGGUGGUGGCUCCGUGAUCGAUACCUGCAAGGUAGCGAACCUGUACAGUGCCGACCGCGAUGCGGAAUUUCUCGACUACGUAAAUGCACCGAUCGGCAAGGCAAAAGAGGUAAGCGUCCCACUGAAACCUUUGAUUGCUGUACCGACGACCGCUGGAACUGGUUCAGAAACAACCGGCGUGGCCAUCUUCGACCAUAAACCACUGCACGCAAAGACAGGAAUUUCCAGCAAAGCUCUACGACCCAUCCUAGGGCUCGUCGAUCCACUACACACACUGUCCCAGCCGGAAAAGGUAGCCGCGUACUGUGGGUUCGAUGUGUUUUGUCACGCGCUGGAAAGUUUUACCGCCAUUCCGUACACCGAGCGUGGUCCGGCACCGGCUAAUCCAAAGUUAAGACCACCGUACCAGGGAAGCAAUCCCAUAUCGGACGUUUGGGCUCGCUUUGCGUUGCAAACUAUUAGCAAACACUUUCGGCGUGCCGUGUUUCACGCGGACGAUCUUGAGGCACGGUCCCAGAUGCACCUGGCAUCGACUAUGGCGGGCGUUGGGUUUGGAAAUGCCGGUGUACACCUGUGUCAUGGGCUGUCGUAUCCGAUAGCGGGGCUGGUAAAGAAAUUCAUCCCGCAAGGUUACACCGGCCACCAUCCAAUCAUUCCACACGGGCUGUCGGUAGUGAUGACAGCACCGGCUGUGUUUCAAUUUACGGGAGCAAGCUGUCCAGAUCGGCAUUUGGAAGCGGCCAGUAUUUUGGGAGCAGAUAUAUCCAAGAGCCACCGCAAGGAUGCGGGAGCAAUCCUUUCCGACAUCGUACGUCAGUACAUGCAAGAUCUAAACAUCGAAAACGGUCUAUCAGCGCUCGGAUUCGAUUACUCCGAUAUCCCGGCCCUCGUCAAAGGAACGCUACCCCAGGAGCGUAUAACAAAACUAGCUCCCCGCGGUCAAUCGGAGGAGGAUCUGGCCGGUCUGUUUGAGCAGUCGCUUACCGUGUACUAG